AUGAGUUCUUAUCGUAAAAAUUGCUCAAAAUCAGAAAUCUCUGUAAAUGACACGGCCAAUAAUGUUCCAGUCUUGCAACAAAUAAACUCGCUGAAUUCUUAGCCCAUCAUGCAAGUUCGAAGGCCGAGUGAUUUAAAUAGUUCCUUCACUCCAAUCGACUCUCAACAUAGUAUUAGAACCUCCAUUACAAUAGAAUAGAAAUCACCACUUUGUACAUCAGGAGCACAGGAUGGCAGAGCAACGCCAUUGAAUCUUAUAAAUGAAGAGUCGAGUGUGAAUGAACAUUCAGACAAUAAGGCCUUUGAGUCUCUAAUAUAUAAGAAGGUGCCUCCCCAGAUCAACGAGUUUAUUUUCAAGGAACCAGUACAUUGGAGUCAAAUAUUUACUCAUUAAGGUACAUGUAGGGAUGAUGAUUCAUGCAAUAAGUAUGGAUAAUAUUUGGGUGACAACUCUUUUCCUCUAGAAAACGGCAAACCCGAACUCUCAACAAAUAUCAAACCGAUAGUAAUCAUAAUUUAAGUCCUCCUUUAUAUAUAUUACAUGUAUUAAUUUCCACUCCUGCUGUAUGGAGUGGCUUAUUCAGACUAUAAUCUAACAUACCAGUUGUAAACCUAACUCCCGUUGCUCUUUUUAAACUUCCUAUUGUUUAGUUUGAACAGAUAGAAGACUGCUAAAUUUAUCGACUAUUUGCCAUUGGGUGCUUUUAUUCCCUUUAUUUGCACUUUGAUUGAUUUCAAAUAGCAAGUAAUAUUCAUGUAGAUCAUACACAUCGUGACAUUCACAAGGUUCUAUCAAAUAUUCAAGCAGUUGUUCUAACUCUCCAUAUGUUUCAAAUAAUACUCCAUUUAUUUCUUCACUUUAAGAAUAUCUUAAAUUCACCUCUUCCAAAUUAUUUGUGGAUUCCUUAUAGUAAUCACACAAGUCAAUUAAAAUCCUGAGAGUUUGAAUGAUGAUACCAAUCAUUAGAGUUUGAAUGAGUUCUACUAAAAUCAAUGCAGUUUAUUCAAUAUCCUCAUCAUAGCAAACAACAAAUCCAUCCUGAUAUACCCAAUCAAAAUCAUGGUGCUGAUAUUCCUGGUUUAUCAAUUCACCAUCAUAAGCAAUUAGAUUAAUCAUCUAUAUCAAAAUCAAAGUACUUUGAUAUCAGGGCUAGUUGAGUUAUCAAAAAUUAUCCAGCAAUUGCCAUUCGAUCUCAGAUACGAAAGUCUAUUGAUAUCAAAUAAAUAAAUUCAAUCUAGAUUGAAAACAAGGAACCUGAUCGAUUAUGAUAGAUUACCGAAUUCAUUGUCUACUAAAUUGUUGCAUGAAUAGUACUCGAAAAUUGUGAGGAAAAUACCACUAAUAGACAAGUGUUUGAGCAAAGCCUCAAUAGCAAGUAUAUUAAAGAAUGCAACCAAGGAAAGAAUUCUAGAGCCGAAUGAAGUUCUGAUUGAAGCUUAAUAAGAGAAUAAGUUCUUAUACUUCAUCUUAUCAGGAAAGGUCAGAUGUUACUAGCAAAGAUAAAAUAAACAAUUUCCAAUAGCUAUCAAUGAAAAUGGAAUUUAUAAUCAGAAUGGGUUCUUUUUGGAAUAGCAAUCUGAAAUCGGAGUUUAAUGUGAAACUUGUUGCAAGAUAUUGGAAAUCAAUCCAGACGAGUUCUGGAAAGAGGUUAGAAGGAGUAUCACUGAACUUGAGAAAAUCAAGAUGUGUUUAGAUAGAGUGCAAUUCAAUUAGGAAUAUAAAUUAAUUGGAGUGUCUUGUUAGAUUUGCAGAGGGAAUCACAAGAUUGACAGUUGCAAGAAAGUCCAUUAUGUGCCUCCAAGAUAGAUGCUGAUGGAUUACAUCUACUUUGAUGAGAUCAACAAAAGAUAGACAUUUCAAAGGAGAAAUCAUACAAGGAAGUUCAGUUGUAUGAAGAAUACCAGCAUGAUUGAAUAAGUAGUCUGCAACGUAAGACAUCUGAUGUUACUCUCAUCUGAAACAUUCAAACGUCCCAAGACAAUCACCAGUCUAGGAAUGUAAUUAGAUUAAUAGCACUCUGAUCAUUCCGAAGAAGAGGAUCACCAUAAGAUGUCUUAGUAUGUAUAAAACUUGAGUCCUGUUUAAUAUGCACCUUAAGUGGGCAGUAGUGCUAGUUCUUAUAUGCUGAAGGAAUUAAAACAGGCAUAACAAUUAAAAUCACCGAAGGAUAGUUUCAUGGUGCAUCAAAAGAGAUAUCAGGAGAAAAGGUAAUCUCAUGUGACCAAAGUCGAAAGAGAUUUGAGUCCGUCGAUUAUAAAAUAUGCUACAAUUUAGGAUAAAAGAAGUCAAAAGUCAAAAUCAAUCAUUAGUGAAGAUCAUGGCAAUGGAAUCCUAUAAAGUUCAGAUCAUCGACAAUUCUCGAAAUACGGCAUAUAAUCAUCUAAAUUUACCAAUGAAACAGCCAAGUAAUUUUAGAAUAACCCCUUUGAUAUGCCCUUAUACGAUCUUAAUCAAUCCAUCGAUAACAAUCAUAGCUACAGUGAUUAUUAUCCAAGAAAUAAUAUAGAUCAGGCUCUCUUCUCCUAUAAAUAAUAUCAAGACAGUAUAAUAUCAAAUAAGAGCAAACAGAACAGUUGA